CCCCUCUGCUUCAGGAAACACUCCACUGAGAGACGCGCUCCAGUAUGUCGGUGGCUCUGCGCACACAGCUGUUCCUCUUUCUGAUCUCCCUCUCAUCCAGGAUGGGGCUCAGUCGCUACAUUGAGGACAAUGAAGCUGCAGAUGGAUUAUAUUCUCUGCUCAAUUUGGACCAAAAGAGAGAAUCAGAGGAUUUUAUUUUCCGCAGACCUCUCAGAUGUUUGGACAUGCUUGCCACCGAUGGCUACUUUACCUUUGUGGCGUCUCGGCCACAGCUGGCCUGUGCUGCUUUCGUCAUCGCCGAGCCCAGUGAGGUCAUCAGCCUGGAGCUGUCUGACGUCAACAUCGACUGCAGCGCCGGAGACUUCAUCAAGAUGUUUGACGGCUGGGUUCUGAAGGGAGAGAAGUUCCCCAGCAGACAGGACCACCAGCUCCCUCUGCACCAGCGCUACACAGACUACUGCUCCUCCACAGCACCGGGAGCCAGCAGCCGCUCCUCACAGAACGUGGUCAUGAUCUUCUUUCGCAUCCAGAGCCCUGACAGCGGCUUCACCCUCUCUGUCAAAAAGCUACACAACCCUUUCCCCUGUAACAUCAUGUCUCAGAGUCCAGAGGGCAGCUUCACCAUGGUGAUGCCACACCAGCGCAGGAACUGCAGCUUCUCCAUCAUCUACCCUGUGGAGAUCCGACUGACAGAUCUCAGCCUGGAGCAGGCCAAAAGCAAUGAGCUCAGCCCGCAGAGGCAGGUAUGGACAGGCUGUUCGGGGUCUGGUGACUAUGUGGAGCUGCUUGGGGGAAAUGGCGUGGACACCUCGAUGAUGUUCCCUGUAGCUGACCUCUGUUUCUCCCUCAGUGGGCUCGCCCAGAUGAAGAUUGGUUGUGAUAACUCAGUGGUGAGGCUGGUGUCCAGUGGGAACUACAUCAACCGUGUUUCCUUCCAGUACCGACUACUGGAACAGCGUGAGCUCCCCAAGACCCGAGAGAACGCUCUGGAUAACUUCUGCUCUGUGGAAUGAGAUCUCACACACACACACACAAACACACACACACACACUUAUAACUACGCACACACACAAUCACACAGUCAUCCAUCUCUUUGUAAAUUUACCAGUUUGACUAAUGCCAUUAAUACAUAUUUUGUAUUGUAUUGCCAAAUCUUUUAUUUAGAGACCUAAUUUUGUUUCGCUUUGAUCGUGGUAUAUUUAUUUGAAGAAUUAUAUUUAUUCGUCUCAAAUUUAUGGAGGAUGUUGGAUUUAAUUAUUUUCUUUCUAGUCGUUUGUCAAGAGAAUCUGUUAUACAUUACAUUUCUUGGCAGGAGCUUUGAUUUCAAACCUUCCUCUGUUGUUCUCAGUUUGUAUCAGUUUCAGUAUUCUUUGGGAGGUUUUACAUCUCUGCUGUCUCCUCUGUUUAUAUUGCCUUGAUGAUUUAAAAAUAAAUAUGACUUGCAUGAUAAAG